CGGUGCCUGAAAGAAACUCGGAAAGACUGCACAAAGAAGCGAACCAACGGCUCUUCUGUUGAGAAUCCGAAAGAGCACUUCUGAAGUUCUGCUUGACCAAAACUUCUGUGACAAAAACUCCUGUGUAAACAGUAAAGUGCUGGAAGGAGGAGCUUUUUGGGCUGCAAAGUAGAAACUUGUUCCUUCAAGCGAAGGGUACUUGCUCGUGCAGCAAAUCGGGUUCGACAAUAUUUCUGCUUGACACCUAUUAGAACACCAGUCCGGGCACAAUGGGUCUCUUUGGAGGAAACAAGAGGAAUGAUGGGGCAGGGGACUCGACAUACACGGUUAAGCCUGGCGACACGCUUUCUGAGAUUGCUCAGAAGAUGAAUGUGGACAUCCUGUCCCUGGAAGCGGCCAAUGUGGGUGUCACGCGAGGCCGGCCUAACACUAUCUACCCCGGCCAGGUUCUCCACGUGCCUAGGGGCUAUUCUUCCAAGCCCGUGCUGAAGGACAGGACUGUGGACGUGCCAGCUGUCCACGUCAACAAGGGCCAUGCGCAGGUGCACGUCCCGACGCUGUCUGUCGACCGCGGCCACAAGGACGUCAGCAUUCCCACCCCGACCGUCGAGACGCACAAGAAGGAGGUCACAGUGCCCACAUGGUCUCUCGAGCGCCACGAUAAGAAGGUCGAGAUUCCGACGGUCUCGCUCGGCAAGAAGGACGUCCACGUCGAUGUCCCCACCGCCGCGAUCCAUAAGCAUGACAAGGAGAUCAACAUGAAGACCUACUCCCUCGGCACCCACGAGAAGGACGUCCAUGUGAAGGUCCCUGGUGUCGAGACCCACCGUAAGGAACACGGUUAUGGUUCCACAUGGGACCCGAAAACCCCGAUCCCGGGAACAGACGCUGACAAAGCAGCCGCUGCCCGGCACGAUGGAAAGAAGGGGGGUUUGUUCGGGCUGUUUGGCGGGGGGGAGGAUAAGAGCGGGGCGCACCAGGCGCACCACCCCCACGCUGAGAUUGACAGGAAGGUUGCGGUGCCAGAGCUGAGGGGGCCGGAGAGGAAGGGGGGGUUCCUGGGCUUUGGCGGUAAGGGAGGUUCGCGGGACGGAUCUGGGGAGAAGGACUUUGUGGGUUUGAAGCGCUAUGGAAACAGGCAGGACAUUGGCGUGGAGUUUGAGGAGAAGAAGGGGCAGAAAGUCGCGGGGGGUCUGCUGCUGCUUGCGGUGGGAGCGGGGGCGUACCUUGCGUAUAAGCAUGUGAAGAAGGGUGACCGGGAUGGGAAGGACUUCAGCACAUCGCAAGACAAGUUGGAUAACAUCAGGCGGGAGGUGAAAGACACGCUCAACUCUGAAGCCAAGUCUGCCAACGGGGACUUCAGCGCCUAGAACUGGACAAACUAGCAAUCGAGCGGGCAUAAAAGCAAGGUCCUUCGGUGACGGUACACGAAGGACGUCCGAUCAACUGAUCUUGGGACGAGAGUAAUGGACCAGAAAAAAUGACCAGUACCUCACUCCCCUUCUUCGCUGUAAUUGGCGGUUGGCUACAUCUCUCGACAUUUUGUUACUUGUGCUUGUGCCAAGUGUACUCUAGUCAAGUCUGUUGACCACAUGUUAAGCUCUGUAGCAUUGAGCUACACGACUUGUAAGAUUGAUUGCGAGUGUUAGCUACACUUUUACAAUCGAAAUGGCAGCUUUAAACUCAAGUUGUUUGUUCAGGAAAUCAUCACUGCCAAGCGUGAAGCUUUUGAAGCACAUGGUUGAUGCUCUGACUGGUUUUUUAAACUGAAAUGAUUGCUUAAAACUCUGAAGUAGCGGCAUGCUUUGACCUGCGGUCGCG